ACACUCAGUGUGGAAACGACCUCAAAUGAAAGCACAACGCAAAAUGUUACUUUCUCCGAUACUACCCCAACGAGGAUGUUGGUCUCCAGCCCCGUGGCGCCAAUGACUGGCACAACCGCAUCUGGCUUGAAUGACACAACAUGGUUAGAGACCUCGCCAAGUCCCAAGCCUCCGGAAACCACCGAUGGCAACGGCACCACGAGCCACGGCACCACAAGACUUGAAGCAUCCACAACCCCCACCAAGUCCAAAGAGCCGCUCACGAGCCCAAAAAAUGAUACGUCUGCUGGCAACACAACAGCCACUGAUGGGCCCAGCCGUGAUGAGGAGGACGACUCUCGUCUCUCUGAGAAGCCAGGCCUUGUAGCCGUCAUUUGCAUUUUUCUCUCUGUUUUGCUCAUUGGAGCCAUCGUGGUGGUGGUGAAGUGCUUCCGGGCGAGGGGACCAGCCUUCCAGAAACUGGACGAGGUGCCCAUGCAAGGAAAAGCGUCCGAAGACUCUCCCUUUGCCCGCUACCCUCCCAAAUAGACCGCCUGUCCUGCUACGUGUGAUGGGAACAUCCCCUCCGGCCUCUCUGGGACUUGGUGCAUGAAAUAAAAAGACCU